AUGCCAAUAUCUCUCCUUUCAGCGCCACCUGUUUCAGCCGAAAAGCCAGUCAUGUCCGAUAACGACAGUCAGAUCUCAAGGGACGUGCCUGUUUAUGGCAGACUAGACACUCAGAGAUCCCAGAUCCGGUUACUUGAGAUGAAUGAAACAGUCUCUGGAGCCGAUUGGAAGCUGUCUGUUGUCUCGUUGGAAGACAGGCCUCGCUUCACUGCUCUCUCCUAUGCCUGGGGAACUUCAGCAGAGAAUGAAGAGAUUAGACUCAACGGCCAAGUCGUCCCUAUUAAAGGAAACUUGGCGUAUGCUCUCCGCCAUGUGUAUCAGCACUGGGUCGAUGCUUUUCCCGAUGAGAAGUCACGCCAAAUGUUUCUUUGGGCUGACGCUCUCUGCAUCGACCAAAAUGACGUCGAGGAGAAAAGCAGUCAGGUCCCUCUGAUGGGAACGAUAUUCUCCCGUGCUGAACUUGUCAUGUCUUGGCUCGGCCGGGAGAGUGACAGCCUGUAUUGCGCCUUGGAUACAAUCGAGAUGUUGUAUUCGGAAUGGUCGGAAAAAGAUGACAUCUCGGACCUAAGAUGGAUACUUUAUCAUCCAUCUCUAUGUGAUGUCUGGACAGAUGAACGAGACGACUCUUGGAUCAACACUCGAUGGGAAGCUAUGUACGAGUUCACUCGCCUCGGUUAUUGGCACCGAACAUGGGUCUUCCAAGAAAUCGUCCUCGCGAAGCGGGUCAGAGCAAUAUGCGGACGAAAAGCUCUUGAAUGGCACAAGAUUGCCUAUGUUGCAGAACAAGCAAGCGAGUUAAAUCUAGCGCUACAAACCCGAGGCAUGAUGAAACCUGAAUUUCUUUCUGGUCCUGCUUGGGUUGCGCUCGCAACGCAUCACAGCCCUCCCUGGAUCUUGCUUCAAACCUAUGCCGAGACGGGCAGAGUGGAGGCCACUCGUGAUACAGCUCAACAUGAGUCGGAUUGGUAUCUUUCAGUUUUGGGAGGACGACGCCUCCUCGCAACGGACCCAAAAGAUCAUAUUUAUGGGUUACUUGGGGUAACUCGUCUUCCAAUAAUUCCUGAUUAUAGUGAUAAGAUGUCGGUUGCCUCUCUCUACUGCGACUACGUUGCCAAAUGGCUCAAGGCUUGGCGGGAUGGAGAUAUGGAUUUUGAAGAGCUGGACUUUAUCACUUUCUCCGGAUCCUCGGCAGCACAGAAGGACCUAGAGAUGCCCUCUUGGGCUCCAAACUACCCUUCAGCUUCUAGCUCCGGGGGAGCAGAUGGCCGACUUAUCUGCAGAGGAUCAGCGAGUGAACAAGUGUUCCCCAAAGACACUGAGGAUGCUUCGGUUAUCGGAAUGUCCCUCUUCGUGAGUGGCGUUGAACUAGAUAUCAUUACGCAAACCGAGGACUGCGAUUACGAAGGUGCAUUUUCAGUGCCCAACUUUAACUUCCUGCAGGAAUUCGUAAUGAGGAGGGGCGGUUAUGGAGGAUAUGAGCCCUUGGAUGCGACAGGACUUCGCAUGGUGACGUGCGUGUUCCGGAUCUUGAACCAAACGCUUGAAAGAGGAGAGAUUGAUACGACACCAAGAGACCCUGCCAGAGUCUUUCAGUAA